AUAAAGAAGCAGCAGCAGGAUGUGGUCAGGUUUCUGGAAGCCAACAAGAUAGAAUUUGAGGAGGUGGACAUCACUAUGUCAGAGGAACAGAGGCAAUGGAUGUACAAAAACAUCCCCCCAGAAAAGAAACCUUCUCAGGGCAACCCUGUGCCCCCUCAGAUAUUUAAUGGCGACCGAUACUGUGGAGUUCACAAGUUUUUCACAUUUGACUGGAAACAGUCUACAACUUUUCUAAUGCUCAUUUUUUGGUCUUCCUUCCGGCCCCGAUGCGGCGGGGAGGGCGGCGGAGGCCUAAAACCUGGGGCCGCGACCCGGGACCUGCGGAAGGGCACAUCCAACAUGUCAUUUGAAGAGCUGUUGGAAUUACAGAGCCAAGUGGGGACUAAGAAGUAUAAGCAGUUGGUAGCUGGAAACAACACUAGGAAGCAAGAUUCUAGACCACCUGGCCAAAAUGCGUGUGUUGCAGAUAAACACAAGCCUUUGGAAAUGUCGGCCAAGGCCCGGGUGCCAUUUUUGCGUCAAGUUGUCCCGGUCAGUAAGAAGGUGACCCGGGACCCCCGCUUUGAUGACCUCUCAGGGGAAUAUAAUCCUGAGGUGUUUGACAAAACAUAUCAAUUUCUGAAUGAUAUUCGAGCCAAAGAAAAAGAGAUUGUGAAAAAGCAAUUAAAGAAGCAUCGUUCUGGGGCGGAGCAUGAGAAACUGCAGCUGCUGCUUCAGCGAUUAGAACAGCAAGAAAUGGCACAGCAGGAUCGAAAGCAGCAGCAGGAGCUAUGCCUGGCCCUGAAAAAGGAGCGGCGGGCUCAGGCCCAGCAGGGCCACCGGCCGUACUUCCUGAAAAAAUCUGAGCAGCGUCAGUUGACCGUAGCUGAGAAGUUCAAGGAGCUGAAACGCAGUAAGAAGCUGGAGAGCUUCUUGAGUCGAAAGAGGCGCCGAAAUGCAGGCAAGGACAGGAGGCAUCUUCCCUUGAGCAAAGAGUAA